AUGGGCUGCUAUAUAAGGCUCAGUUGAUGUAUUUCCUCCACCACCUACAGGCUGACACCAAGCCCCAAAACUUGGGCUGCACCGACCUGGCGCAUGAAUUCCAGUUCCAUAUCCAAGGGUCACAAAAGUUUGAAUUUCGUUAAAAGUAACCCAAUACUUGAUUUUAUGACCAAAAGUUCUGAAGCAGAAAUCAGCGAAAUCAUUGAAUUUGUUGGGCAUAUCUGGAUCAAGCCAUCCACUUGUGUUUGUGAGAGUAUUGAAGAUUUGAGGCAAAUCCCAAUGAUAAAGAGUUACCCAAGGCUCAAUGCCAGCAUUUAG